AUGCUUGAGCGCAGAGAAGUGCGGAGGAAAGAUCUUCUACCUCCAAUUCAUGAAACACUAACGUCAUUUCGUCAGCCUUCGUCUUUAUUGAAUGAUAUGAUGGCUCCUGGAAGUCAUCGUCAUCGUCUUCAAAAUCAGAUGACAUCAACGGAUGUGGAACGAUCUCUUGAUAGUUUCGAGCGAAACCAACAACAUAUCAUUGCACAACCAUCUGGUACAUCAAAAAAUACGACUGUCAUGCAGGAUGUUUGUUCCGGCGUUAGUAGUGAUGUUGAUAAUAGCGAUACAAUAUACACUCAGCAACAAAUUACGGCGAUGGUAUCGGAUGCUGAUUGUAUGUACAAUCGACGACAGCUUGCUGCAACGGAGCAACCUAAUGCUAUGAAUUCGUAUCAUCAAGACUUAACAGCGGAAUUGAUACCAGCGACCAGCAUUGUCAGUAAUGAUCGUUCUGAUGAACGGCACUAUUAUACAGCAACGACUGGCUCACGUCCUCAGCAACAUUUUAUACAUAAUAAUUACACUCCAUCCGGUCUUUCUCAGCAGCAGAUGCUGACGAACACAAGAAAUGCAGCAACAUUGGCGGAAAAGUUACCUGGAUUACAAAGACAAACUUGUCAAUUUAUCAAUGCCACUGAAACUGACCAUAACAGUGGAGCAGGACCGUACAUGGUAGUGAAUCAGCAACAGUCUGUUGGUACUUGUGAUUAUCUGAACACUAGUUUAAGCAACGGUGGGAGCAAUAUGAACAGUGUGAUACCAUGUUCGAAAGGUACAGGUGCGUUAGGAGUGAGCGAUCCAGUAAUAACGGGUCAGCGAACUUAUUUGCUUGGUAGUACCAGUAACAAUAGAAGCAAUAACAAUGGCAGCGGAAGGCAAAUAGAUACAAUGAAUAUGUCAAAAAAUUAUGAUACCUCUUCAGGAAAUAGCUAUCAAGUGCAGCAGCAUUAUGUUCCUAUGCGAUCAUCAUUCAGAUCGUCAAAUACAACUGAACGAAAGUCAAAUCGUUCAUCGUCCAAAAAAGAACCAAUGGAUCCAAAGAAUGUUGAAGAAGAAGUGGCUAGGAAUGUUUCGCAGAUUCUAAGUGCAUCACUGAAUCAGAAGUCAUCAUCAGGUUUUUCGUCAACAGCAGGAGGAUCAGGUGUAAAUGGCUCAUCCAGCAGCACUACUGCUGCAUCACUGUGUUCUGCAACAACAGCUAAGAAAUCAUUUACUUGCGUUGAUUGUCAUAAAACUGUAAGCACCUCUCGUAAUUUACAGCGUCAUCGGAUGUCCUGCAAAUUAGCACAGGCAUCGUCAAAUUCCGGAAAAUCGAUGACAGCUGGCGCUGGACAACUUCAAGCAACUGUUAUCACCAUGCCUUUAAAUUCCACACAAAUUAAUGGAUUAUCAAACGCAUAUUCGGCUGAUCAGAGGUGUAUGAAUAAUGCAACAACAAGUUCAGUCUCAUCAUCAGCAAUAGUACCAGUGACAAACGUUGUUCCUGUAUCUUAUAACAAUAAUUUAUCCGAGUCACUUAGUGGUACCGUUGAUGUCUCAUCGGUUAACAGUCAACGAACCGCACAAAUUUAUACCACUCAACCGGAAAUGAUUGCUCCGGAUGAAAGGUUGAGACCAGUGUGUGAAGAUUCAUAUUUGGAUAAAGCAGUAGCAGAGAUGACACGAAAUGGUGAUUUAAACACAGUAACUGCUGGAAGGCUGGCUUCAAGCUUGUUAGAUGAAGAUGACCAUACAUUUUCGACGAUAUCCUUGCCAACAGCUACAACCGCAAUGGAUGAUUCCCAUCCGUUUCAAUCGCCUAUCCAAACAUCGAACAAUGAACCAGUUAAUCUUCCUAACUUUAUACAACACUCAGUGCAAAUCAAAAAAUCACUAUACCGAUGUGAAUCAUGUAACAAAACGGUCAGUUCGAGCAGAAGUUUGAAAAGGCAUCGUAGCACCUGCAAACAGUACCAGCUUCAAUAUGGGCAAUUGAGAGAAAACGCAUCUGAUAAUAUCAGUUCCACAGCGGUUCCUAAAAGUGAACCACUUCUGUCAAAGUCGGUGAUUGAAUUAUCGUCUUCACAGGAACUGUUGUUGCAGCGACAAUCUCUUGCCUGUGUUGUUACUGAAUUGCCUAUCGUUAAUAAUACCGUUUCGUCGGCUUCCUGUAGUGCGCAGAUUCAACCAGAAGUUCAAAUCUCCAGUGUGGAAAGUGGUCUAGUACAAAAUCGAACAAAUAAUAAUAGUAUAGCAACAGCUGGCACAUCUGUCAGUGCAAAUGUUUGUGAGGAUUGUAACCGAAUUUUAUGUAGUGCAUCGAAUCUGAAACGACAUCGCGCGACAUGUAAAGCGGCUUCCGUGUUCAAACCCGGGAACAACAAACUUGAGGAUCGACAUUCAACCUCUGUUCUUACGACUUCAUUGAGCACUAUAGUAGAACAGCCACGUAGGGAAGAGCAACAAUAUAAAAACGGUCAAGUUGACGAACGUGAACGUUCAAACUCUGAUCGUUCGUCUGCUGCAAUGCUUGCUGCAACAAAAGAGGCACAAAGUGUAGCUAUAGCUGCAGCAACCAUCGACACUGCUAAUUAUUCCAAAACAGCCGCAAAUGCAGCACAGCAACGGUUGAACAAUGAUGCAUCGGUUACUUAUAUCACAUAUGAUACUAAUAUAAUGUCACUACAGCAGCAGCAACAGCAACAGCAACAACAACAACAACAACAACAAAUUGCAACUGAAGUGCAGCCAAUUUCGCAGCUGGAAUCACUGAAACUCGGAGCUGCUAAAGCCAAACCAUGGAUAACUGUUGGUGAACAUUUGCGAGCACGACAUAAUCAACGUAUCAUCCAGCAACGACAGCAACAACAACAACAACAACAGCAGCAGCAGCAACAACAACAACAACAACAACAACAACAACAACAACAACAACAGCAGCAACAACAACAACAACAACAACAACAACAGCAGCAACAACAACAACAACAACAAAUAAUAGAAAUGCAGCGACAACGCGAAUUAACCACACCGUAUGUACCGGAAGCAUUGGGCACUUAUGCGCAAGCAGCAACAACGCCUGUUGCUUAUACUGAAGAAAGUAUUUCAACCCGAUUACGGCAGCAACUUCCGAGUUCUGUAUUGACGUACAGUGAGAAUAAUGUCAGUAAUGACGACCAGCCCUCGAUGACCUUGAAGCAUAACGCUCCAAGACAGAUGUCCUAUUACACAACAAGGGUACAUUAUGAUGGUAAUAGUGGCAUUAUCACUUGUGGUACUUACGAUCAGCAACAAAGAAAUAGUUUUAAAAUGGAACCAUUAUUGAGUCCCCAUGAUACAUCUGCACGUGCCUCAGCACCACCAAUUCUAACAACUUCCACUACUCCAAGUAAUUAUUCUGGUACGACACAAGCACAGUUGCCAAAAAAUGAGAAAUAUGAAGCUCGGCCAUUGGCAAGUAUUAUCACCACUGCACCACUCUCCACGUCAUGCUCUGCAGCUGAUUCAAAUCAGUCUCAACGGCAGCAGAGUGCGAACUCUGCACUGUUCACUACACCUGUGGUGUGUGACACUGUGCAGUCGCAACAACCAACACCAUCAGCUUCAUCAACAACACUUUAUCGAAGCAGUGAAAAUAUAUCAUCUGCCGCAACUGAUAAUUAUCGUUAUGAAUGUCCUGAAUGUCAGAAAACCUCGAAUUUUGAAGAUGCGAUUAGUCAAUCGAUUGAUCGAUCGGGCAGUUGCUCGGUUGAGCGUGCCAGACGGGUUGUUGCUCAAUCUGUUUAUUCUUGUCGGAAAAACGUCAAAAGACAUCGUAUAGCGGUACAUAAAUUGACACCUGAAGAAGUGGCCAAAAUUGAGCCUAUACGAGUGCUACUUACAAAUGAUAGUGAACAGAAACAACGACAACUGCAGCAACAACGACAGCGACAACUGAGAUUACUUCAAACUACCGAAUUAAAGAGUAUCAAAAGUCCGAAACUGUCUAUCGAAAAAUCAGAUAUGCACCACCAGCAACAACAUUCUUCUGACUUUGAAAACUGUACAAAUCAUUCAGUACCAAAUGUUAUGCUACCACAGCAAAUGCACCUUCAAUUAGAACAGCGGCAACAGCAGCUGCUUCAUCAACGUCAACUACAAUCACAGCUGCAACUCCAACAGACACAACUUCAGGAACAGCAGCAACAGAUCAUCUCAGGACCUGAUCACUGUAGAAGUUCUGCUGCAGUAACAUCAGUAAUACCUGUAAGCACGAGCUGGAGAUCUUGCAUUACACCUAUGCCGCCACCAACAUCGCAGAAUAUUGGUGCAUAUCAGUUAAGUGAAGAAGAGGGUGUACAACUGGCUGAAAUUGAGGAGGAUUUAAAACGAUCUGCAGAAUACAAACUGACCGAAGCAGAUAGUGAAUCGGAUAACAGGAGACCAGUGGCUGAAUUAGCAGAGGCUGAUACAACUUUUCAUGAAGAAUAUGAAGACAGCAUUGGACGAUUACAUCCGCCAUCGCUGUCAUCAAAUGGCGGAGUUGUGUCACCACCAUCAAAUCCUCCUUCAAACAGUUCCGUUUCAUCAAACUAUCCCAUUACGAGUCCUAUGGCUCCUCAAGUAUCUUCUGUUAUAUCAGAAAACAGUGGUUUUGCGGCACAAUUACCGCCGAUUAAAGCUCCACCUCCUGUGUCACCGUCUCACUCUUCGCAGCAAAUGACAAUAAUGCAGAAUCGGGGUGUAUACCAUCAAUCUCAGUCGUGUAUCUCAUCAAAUGAGAGUCAAACGUUAAACUCAUUAUCGAUGAGUGGUAAUCCUGUGUUCACGAAACCAGCGAACGUUGUUCGUUCUCAAUACCUCCCAUCUAUAAAGCCUCCCUCGACGCGAAAUUAUUUUCAUUCAUCACCAAAGCAAAAGCAACAUAUUUGCAUCGAUUGUAAUAGGGCACUUUCAUCAGAUUAUUCUCUUAAGCGACAUCGUUCGACAUGUGUAGAAGCGAAAGCUGCGGCUGCAGCAAAAGCAGUGGAUACUGUAACUUCUGAUGCAGACUUGCAAAAUGAUGAAUGCACAAAAACACAGUCAGAACAUUAUAAUGACUCCGGCAGUUCGAGAUCGUCUUCUUCGAUGCUUUCAAAUGGUCCAAUAGCUAAAGAACCUUCGUGUACAAAUACUUCAUCUUACGGCCCGAGGGAUUCAGAAUUACGGAUUUCCCAGCAGCUUACUCCAGUAUCUGCUAAGAAUACUGAUAUAAUAUUAUCUCAGACAUAUUCGUAUGACGAAGACGCGGAUAAUGGUGUGUUGUGUCGUGUUUGUGAUUGCUGGUUACCUGGACAGCGGGAAUUUGAUCGCCACUGCGAUGAACUGCAUCCAGUUGCUGCCGAUCCAGAUAGCACAACCGUACCCCAAACGUUUGAGCAAACAUCGUUACCAUCCGGAUCAAUAAUGUUGAGCACGGCAAUUUCAUCAGAAGUGAGUUUGAAUCCGUCCGGUCCCUACUCUGUUACUGCUGCAAACCGAAAGCGAGUGUCUUCGGAUUCUCUUGAGUCCGGAAGUUAUUUCAGCACUAAAAGUGGGCGGCAUUUAUGUCAGACAUGCGGGAAAUAUUAUUCGUCAGAAUGGAAUUUGGAAAGGCAUAGACGAGAAAGUUGUCCACUGCAUAUGAAACGGUUAAAAAGUAUUGCUGAUGAGAGAACAAGGUUGGCAAAGUUGGAACCAGUGGAUUUGUUGCAGUUUCAGACUACUUUAAGCACCAGAUGGGUGGAUGACUGCUCUUUAAUUGUCGGUGAAUCUCGAAUUGGUGUUCCGAGAGCGAUGCUUUCAAGAGCUUCAACAUAUUUCUCAUCUUUGUUUCAAUAUUAUGAAAAUCACAACGAUGUUCCAUUACCGGUCCCUGUUGAUCCCAUCGCAUUUCAUCAAGCUGUGGAAGCAUUUAAGGGUCGUUUGCAACUUGACGGCAAAAAUAUUGACUGUAUAUUAUUUAUGGCAGAUAAGUUUAAAAUUAAACCUCUUUACGAUCGAUGCGAGCGUUUUAUCGCCGAGAAAUUGCCUUCAUCAUCAGUGAUGCAUGCCAUCCGGCUAGCAGAACAGUAUCGAAUGUGUGAAAUAAAACAGGCACUGUUCGAUUCUAUUUCUAUAGAUGUAUUUCGUAGUCUUGCAGCGGACGAAGAUUAUCGUCAGAUGGGUGCAGAAUUGAAAGCUGAACUGUUGGAAAAGUGGGGUACUUUCUUGUAA